GCCGGGCCGGGCCGGGCGGGGCCGCGCAGGUGGAGCGGCCCCAUGGAGCGGCCGAAGAUGGCGGAGCUGGAGAGCCUGGAGACGGCGGCGGAGCACGAGCGGAUCCUGCGGGAGAUCGAGAGCACGGACACGGCCUGCAUCGGCCCCACGCUGCGGUCGGUGUACGAUGGGGAGGAGCACGGGCGCUUCAUGGAGAAGCUGGAGGCGCGGAUCCGCAACCACGACCGGGAGAUCGAGAAGCUCUGCAACUUCCACUACCAGGGCUUCGUGGACUCCAUCACCGAGCUGCUCAAGGUCCGCGCCGAGGCCCAGAAACUCAAGAACCAAGUGACCGACACCAACCGCAAACUGCAGCAGAACGAGGGGAAGGAGCUGCUGGUGGCCCUGGAGGAGCUGCGGCAGUGCCGGCUGCAGCAGAGGAACAUCUCAGCCACGGUGGAUAAACUCACCCUGUGCCUGCCUGUGCUGGAGAUGUACAGCAAGCUGCGGGAGCAGAUGAAAUCCAAGAGGCACUACCCUGCCCUGAAGACCCUGGAGCACCUGGAGCAGACGUUCCUGCCGCAGGUGAGCCACUACCGCUUCUGCCAGGCCAUGGUGGCCACCAUCCGGGCUGCGCGUGGCUGAGGACACCGCGAGCGCUCCAUGGCCGACCUCAAGGACUUCCUGGAGAGCAUCCGCAAGCACUCGGAGCGCAUCGGCGAGACGCCUUUAGAGCAGGCACAGCAGCAGAGAAACCUGGACAACAUCGUGUCCCAGCAGCCCAGGAUCAGCGGGGGGAAGAAAUCCAAGAAGGAAUUCAGCGCCAGCUCCGAGCUGGAGGUGAAGAACACCAGCCCCAUGUCGGAGCAGGACUCGGGGAUCCUGGAUGUGGAGGAUGAGGAUGAGGAGGAAGAGGUGCCCGGGGCUCAGGAGCUCGUGGAUUUCUCCCCCGUCUAUCGCUGCCUGCACAUCUACUCCGUGCUGGGGGCCAGGGAGACCUUCGAGAGCUACUACAGGAAACAGCGGAGAAAACAGGCGCGGCUGGUGCUGCAGCCGCCCUCCAACAUGCACGAGACCCUGGAGGGCUACAGGCGCUAUUUCCAUCAGAUCGUGGGGUUUUUUGUGGUGGAGGAUCACAUCCUGCACACCACCCAGGGGCUGGUGAGCCGCGCGUACCUGGACGAGCUGUGGGAGAUGGCUCUGUCCAAAACCAUCGCUGCCCUCAGGACCCACUCUUCCUACUGCUCUGACCCCAGCCUGGUGUUGGACCUGAAGAAUCUCAUCGUGCUGUUCGCUGACACGCUGCAGGGCUAUGGAUUCCCUGUGAACCAGCUCUUCGAGAUGCUGCUGGAGAUCCAGGACCAGUACAGCGAGACCCUGCUGAAGAAAUGGGCUGGGGUCUUCAGAAACAUCCUGGACUCAGACAACUACAGCCCCAUCCCAGUGUCAAAUGAAGAAGUUUAUAAGAAAAUCGUGGGGCAGUUCCCAUUCCAGGAUGCUGAACUGGAAAAGCAACCCUUCCCCAAGAAGUUUCCCUUCUCGGAGUUCGUGCCCAGGGUGUUCGGGCAGAUCCAGGAGUUCAUCCACGCCUGCCUCAAGUUCUCCGAGGAUCUGCACCUCAGCUCCACAGAAGUUGAUGACAUGAUCAGAAAAUCCACAAACCUGCUGCUGACCAGGACCCUGAGCAACUGUUUACAGAAUGUCAUCAAGAGGAAAAACGUUGGGCUGACAGAGCUGGUGCAGAUCAUCAUCAACACCACCCACCUGGAGAAAUCCUGCAGGUUCCUGGAGGAGUUCAUCACCAACAUCACCAACGUGCUGCCCGACACCGUGCACACCACCAAGCUCUACGGCACCACCACCUUCAAGGACGCCCGGCACGCCGCCGAGGAGGAGAUCUACACCAACCUGAACCAGAAGAUCGACCAGUUCCUGCAGCUGGCCGACUACGACUGGCUGGCCCCUGAGCCGGGCAGCAGGGCCAGCGACUACCUGGUGGAUCUGAUCGGCUUCCUGCGCAGCACCUUCGCCGUGUUCACCCACCUGCCGGGGAAGGUGGCCCAGACCGCCUGCAUGUCAGCCUGCAAGCACCUGUCCACAUCGCUGCUGCAGCUGCUGCUGGAGGCCGAGGUGAGGCAGCUGACGCUGGGAGCCCUGCAGCAGUUCAACCUGGACGUGGAGGAGUGCGAACAGUUUGCCAGAUCCGGCCCAGUGCCUGGGUUCCAAGGGGACACGCUGCAGUUGGCCUUCAUCGACUUGAGACAACUCCUGGAUCUGUUCAUCCAGUGGGAUUGGUCGACGUAUUUGGCCGACUACGGACAGCCCACGUGCAAGUACCUUCGUGUGAACCCCACCACAGCCCUGGUCCUGCUGGAAAAGAUGCGGGACACCAGCAGGAAGAACAACGUUUUCGCCCAAUUCCGGAAAAACGAGCGGGACAAGCAGAAGUUGAUCGACACCGUGGCCAAGCAGCUGCGUGGCCUCAUCAACAGCCACCACUCCUGAGGGAUCAGGAUCCCCUUCCCGCAGCCAGGACUUCAGGAAUCUCGUUGGCAGAGAAGAUUUGUAUUUUUUUAUUCGCCUGGAACGUCUCCGCGGAGCCUCCCCCCGACGGCAAAACGCUCCCGGUGGGAACAAUCCCGGGAAAAGAGGUGGUGGCAGGAGCCUCCUGGAUAAACUCCUAUUUUCAGGGGUUUGGGAAGUGAUGGGAGUUCUUGGAGCCUGGGAGAAGUUCACACCUGGACUGGGGUGGUUUUUUGUUUUUGUCUUUUUUUUUUUGUUGUCAAAGCCAAAUUGAAGGGAUCAUCCUGCCUUCCUUUUGUUAAUUUAUUCCCUUGGAAAACAGAGGAAUCUGGGAAGAGCCGUGGGUUUGGGUUCUCUGGGCAGAGGGUCACCCUGAGUGUGUCCUGUGGUUUGGAUUUAGGUAGGAAAAAGGGAUUUCCCAGGUUUUUUCCUCCUCUUUUCCCCUGAUAUCCACGUUGGUCUGCAAAUCCCUGGAAUUGCCACCCUUUCCCCCAUGUCCCAUCCCUGAGCUCCACUCCAGGACCUGCCAGGGGCUGUGGGAUCAUGGAGAAGGGUUUGGAGCAGCCUCCUUGAUGAAAUUUGGGAAGGAUUUGGGAAGGAUAAUCUGGGAAUGUGUCCCUGGGAGCAUGGCUGGACACAUCCAUGGGUGGGGAGCAGGAGGGGAUGGAUGCUCCACAGAGAUGAGGGAUCUCACACUGGAUCUCCCAGUGUCCAGGAGGGUUUUUCCCUUUUUUUUUGCCGUGCUGAUGUCCCAUCCUCCCUCCCCUCCUGCAGGAAAACUUCCCUGGAUCCCCCUGGUUGGAGUUAGACCAGUGGGAAUCUCCUGGAGGCACUGGGAGAUUCCCCAUGGAGCAGUGCUGCUCCAAAGUGCCUGUGGAUAAAAUUCCCCCUGUCCCAGAACCCCUCUGCUCAAACCAGGCUGUCACCAAUGGGAUUUAAUCCCAGGAUUCCCAUUCCAGAGGGGGAUUUUCACCCUUCCCAUCUAAUUCCUCACAUUACCCAGCCACAUUCCCAAACCUUUUAAGGGAAUUCUCAUCUCCCUGGUUGGUGCUGCUCCUGUACCCAUUCCCAACCCUCUGGAUGCUCUAAUCCAGAGGUUUUCCCUUCCCUCCUUGCUCCUCAGCAAUAUUUUGGGGUUGUUUUUCAUUUGGGGAAGGUUUGUUUGGCUCAGUCCCAGAAUUUAAUGGGAACACAGUCAGGAAUGAACUCCUGGAGACAUUUCCAGCUACAGGGACCAAGGGAUUAUUUUUUGUUAAAAAGAGGGAAAAUUUGUAAUUCCUUGGUUUUGGAGAGAGGUUGGAGGUUCCUUGUGAACUCCUCUUGGAAGGAUAUGGAAGAGGGAUGGAGGGAGAAGCAGCAGGUGAAGGAAAGUUGGAGUCAGCGUGGGCAGAAGGGAUCAGGGAAAUGACCCCGAGGGAUGGGAAUUCUGGGGGUGGGACGGAGAAGGAGCAGAAACCCCGGGACAAGGGAAAGGAUCUUGUGCUGCCAUCCUGAAAUUCCAUUUUCCCCUCCAAUAUUUCACUCCGUGGAGCAUUCCCACAAAAAAUCCCCACAGCUCCAGGCAGCUCCCACCCUUCCCAAAUCCACAAAUCCACAAAUCCCCUUCCCGUCUCCCUGAGCUGCAAUUCCAGGAGCAGCGACCUGGGAUGCGUUUCCUCUCUCCUUCAGGCUCUUUUUAGGAAAAACCAGGAUUGGGAUGCUCCAAACCACCUCCUGGCACUCGGGAUUUGCUGCUGGGAAAGUCAAAUCCGGCCAAGGGAGAGGUUCAGGGAGUUCCUGAUCUCGGGAGGUCAAGAGCCGGAACCGCAAGUCAGAGCCUGGGAUGAAAAAUGGGAUUUUGGGACUCUGGUCCCAAUUAACUUUUUGUUCCCAGAGAUGCGGCUCCAUCAUCCCUUCCAAACAAAAUUAAUCUUUUAAACAGAUUGCCCCAAAAAAAAGAAAAAAAAAAACCUGGAAGACAUCCCAAA